AUGGAGAAAAAAGCUUCGGCUAUCAGGGAGAUGGUAAAGAAGCAUCGUCCUAAGAAGGAGGAUUUGGACCCUCGAAAGUGGAUGAGAAAGGAGACUGUGAGGGGGUUUACCGACUUCAUACUGAACAAGAACUCGGACAAAGAUACAGACAACAGUUUUGACAACAAAGAGAUGUUGCUUGACGCAGAGAAGCAAUUUAUAGAAGCAGCUAAGAAAAAUGAUGUGGAGACCAUGAAGACUCUGGGAAAAGGGCUGAACGCCAAUGCAAAGAAUGUGCAUCACAGGACUGCCCUUCACUAUGCAGUGGCGGGCAAAAACACAGAAGCUGUACAGUUUCUUCUACAGCGCAGGGUCAAAGUGGACCAAAAGGACAAGUACGGUGUGGCACCCAUUCAUUUGGCUGCCUGGUUUGGCAGUUUGGAGAUCCUGAAAUUAUUAGUACGGGCUGGGGCUGAGCAGAAGAUUGAGAACGAGGAAGGACUGAACAUCAUGCACUGUGCUGCAAUUAACAACAACACUGAUAUUGUACAGUAUAUUAUCGAUGACCUGCAGAUGAAAGAACUAGACAAACAUGACCAGUCAGGACACCGGCCAUUUGCAUUGGCAGCAGAGCAUGGGUGUGUUGAAAUGUUAGAUAUGCUGAUUUGCCCGUACAAUAUGGCCACAAUGAAGCCCAACAAGAGAGGGGACACGCCCCUGCACUUAGCUGCCAGGAACGACCACUUGAAUGCCGUCCAACUGCUGCUGCAGAGCUUUGAUAUUCGGGAUGCAGUCAAUAUGGAUGGUGAGACAGCUCUAUACCAGGCUGCAGACAAUGGUCAGGAAGGAUGUGUCCUGGCCCUGCUGGAGGCUGGCUGUGACCCCAACAUCCUCACAAACUCCAAAUGCAGUGCGCUCCAUUCAGUUUCAGAAAAAGGAGAUACGUCUCUUGUCCAACUUCUCUUAGAGUACAAAGCCAAUCCAGACUUCAAGAAUCAGGAUGUAGACGCUCCUCUCCACCUGGCAGUGAGGAACAGUCACAUCGCUGUCAUCCAUUCUCUAUUAACGGCUGGUUGCAACAUUAAUGUCACUGAUAAGAGGUCCCAGACUGCCAUGCAUCUUGCUGCAGAGCUGGCCAGAACAGAAGUUGUGGAAAUGGUUCUUAAAUCUGGGCUGGAUCUGACACUCCGGGACAGGCAAGGUAAAACGGCUCUGGGUGUGGCAGCCAGAGCAGACGAGGUGAUUAUUGUGGACAUGAUCAUCAAAGCAGAAAGAUACUACGCCUGGAGGACGGACAACCCUGAGCUUAAUGAGAGUGUUCACAGCGAGUUUCCACUAACGUUUAAACUCGACCACCGCUAUGAGACCAAGCAGCUCCGUUCGAUGGCCUGGCAUCUGGCGUACGAGCUCCUGAAGCCAGGAGAGUGGAAAAGACUGGCAGAACACUGGGGCUUCACCAAGGAGCAAGUGUCGGCCAUCGAGGAGCAGUGGACAGGUCAGCACAGCUAUAAAGAGCAUGGGAACAGGAUGCUGCUGAUCUGGCUCCACGGGGAAGAGUUGGCUCAGAAAAGCCCUACUAAAGAACUCUUUGAGGGCCUCAUCCUCAUAGGGAACAGGAAAGCUGCAGAUAAGAUUCGGCAGGGAGCAGAGAGUGCCAGCAGUAAGAGCUGCUGCAUUUCAUGAGAAUGAACACUGCAAUGUAUGGACUGACAAAAUGAACUUCAUGUUUACAUCAUUUUAAAAUACUAAUCUGUACAGGACGUUAGCCG